AUGGAGAGAUUACAGACUACGAUUUAUGCGGUCCAAGGAUUGCGCUCUGGUGUGUUGCAAUGUUAUGAGGAUUUAUUUAGUGCAGAUGUUUCUGAAGAAACACGUCGAAUUGCAUUUCUAAAUAAAUUUCAAGCAAAAGCUGAUGAUAUCAACGGAAAACUAAGAAACGUCGAACUGUUUAUUGAGAGUUUAGAAACAAUGCCAAAGCCAUAUCCGCUUGAGAAAGCAAUUUUCGAGUAUUUAGCACUAGAGACUACGCAAGAGCAUCAGUCUUUAUAUGCACCGCUCCUAAAAGGUUACAAAUGGAUCGAAAAGUUGCAUGAUUAUAGCUCUUCAGCUUAUAAUACUUUAAAUAAAACUAACUUGCGGCCUACCGAACAACGUGCUGAAGCAUUUUCAGAUCCAGAGUUUAUAGACAAGUUGUUCAAAGAGAUAAAACAUCCCCAAACAAAUUACAUGGUAUGCCGACCACAUGCCGAUAAUGCUAUUGUUAAU